CGCGUCGGUAGUUUGGGCGUGAGCCCGAUCAAAGGUCGUGUUUCCGCAGGUGCAGUGUAAGCAGAGAGCUGUUGGCACUCUUUAACGCCAGUGGUCUAACUUAUCUGGUCAGCUAUCGCUGGGGCGAGGUUCUCACAUCUCACCAACUACUGAACAUGAGUCAGAAGAGAGUAUGUUAACUCACUGAUCGCACGCGGCCACAGAAGAGCGCUUCAAACGUACAGUGCGUUUCACUGGUCAACUUUCUUCUCCUUAUCCGACCCACAGAAAAACAACAAUGCCGAAACCUAUCAAUGUCCGUGUCACUACAAUGGACGCCGAGCUGGAGUUUGCUAUCCAGUCGGUUACUACAGGCAAACAGCUCUUUGAACAGGUUGUUAGGACAGUGGGCUUGCGUGAGGUGUGGUACUUUGGUCUGCAGUACACAGACAACAAAGGCUUUCCUACAUGGCUAAAACUGGACAAAAAGGUGACCUCUCAAGAGGUAAAACAAGAGAACCCUCUUCAGUUUAAGUUUCGGGCUAAGUACUACCCAGAAGAUGUGGCUGAGGAACUGAUUCAGGACAUCACUGUAAAGCUGUUCUUCAUGCAAGUAAAGGAUGGCAUUUUGAGCGACGAAAUCUACUGUCCACCAGAGACCGCAGUGCUACUGGCUUCCUAUUCUGUCCAAGCCAAGUUUGGAGAUUUUUCCAAAGAAAAACACAAAGCUGGAUACCUAACAUCUGAGCGAUUACUUCCUCAGAGAGUUCUUAACCAGCACAAACUCUCUAAAGAUCAAUGGGAGGAGAGGAUCCAGAUUUGGCACGAAGAACAUAGAGCCGUUCUCAAGGAAGAUGCCAUGCUUGAAUAUUUGAAGAUCUCACAGGAUUUGGAGAUGUAUGGUAUUAACUACUUUGACAUAAAAAACAAGAAAGGAACCGAACUCUGGUUAGGUGUGGAUGCUUUGGGACUUAAUAUCUAUGAGAAAACUGACAGGUUGACUCCAAAGAUUGGAUUUCCAUGGAGUGAAAUAAGGAACAUUUCAUUCAAUGACAAGAAAUUCAUAAUUAAACCCAUUGACAAAAAAGCCCCUGACUUUGUGUUCUAUGCAUCUCGGUUGCGCAUUAACAGGCGCAUCCUGCACCUGUGCAUGGGGAACCAUGAACUUUACAUGCAGCGCAGGAAACCUGAUACCAUUGAGGUGCAGCAAAUGAAGGCACAAGCUAGAGAGGAGAAAUAUCAGAGGCAGAUGGAAAGAGCCCAGCUAGAGAAUGAGAAGAAGAAAAGAGAGGAAAUAGAGAGGGAAAAAGAGAGGGUAGAACGAGAGAAGGAAGAGAUGAUGCUAAAACUGUACAAAUAUGAAGAACAGACCAAAAAGGUUGAGAAAGAUCUGAAAGAGCAGCUUGAAAGGGCCCAAAGACUCGAGGAGGAGAGGAGGAGGGUAGAGGAAGAGGCAGCGCGUCUGGAGGCCGAGCGACAGGCAGCACUGAUUGCUAAAGAAGAGUUUGCCAGGAAAGCUGAAGACCAGAUGAAAACGCAAGAACAGCUGGCUGCAGACUUGGCUGAGUACACAGCAAAGAUUGCUUUACUGGAGGAGGCCAAGAGAGUUAAAGAAGAGGAGGCCAGUGAAUGGGAGAACAGGGCUAAAGAGGUGCAGGAUGACCUGAUAAGGACUCGUGAGGAGUUACAUAAUGUGAUGGUGUCCCCUGUGGCUGCACCCAUGGCUGCACCCAUGGCUGCUCCUGUUCUGGCUGCGAUGGAGGAACCUUCAGAGAGGCUUGAAAACAAUCACGAGGAUCAUGAGGAGAACAGUAGCAUCCAUAGUGCCGAGCUCCUCGUGGAUGGCAUAGAUGACCAUCGCAAUGAGGAGGAGCGCAUCACAGAGGCAGAAAAGAAUCAGCGCGUGCAUAAACAGCUUCAGACACUGAGUUCUGAGCUGGCCGAGGCCCGAGAUGACACUAAGAAGACUCAGAAUGACAUUCUGCACACUGAAAAUGUACGAGCCGGAAGGGACAAAUACAAAACGCUUCGUCAGAUCCGUAUGGGCAACACUAAGCAGAGAAUAGAUGAGUUUGAAGCAUUGUAAUGGCUGAUGAUGAAUAAUCUCUACCAACACCAGCACUCUACACAUGCACCUCAUUGCUGUUCAUGGGUGAAUGUUUUCUAAUUAUCACUAAUGGUUUCACUUUGUAUUUGGUGUUGAAAUCACUGGACUGUUUGCAUAUGGUUCAUAUGUACCUAAAACAUACAAGAUGUGUACAUGGUUAAAAUUUGCCUUCAGCACUCUCGUGAUCCUAUUGUAUUUAUGUGAUUGUGCCAAAGCUUUUGGCUUAAGAAGGCUUUUGUCAUAUUUGUAAACUGGGGUUAACUUAAGAUCCUCUGCAUUUUUAAGAAUGGUCUAUUGCGGUGAAAGCUGCUUCUUGUAGUAUAGUAAAAAAAAAACUCACUUUUUUUGUUAAAAUAGAAGGACAAGUCCAAAAAUCAGCAAAUAAUACCAUGAUAGAUGAUAGAUUUAAUGUGAUCAAACAGUGGCCACAACAAACAAGUAGAUGUUUUUUAAUGUUGAUGUUUUUUUGAUUAACAAAAUGCUGCUUAUUGUAAAUCAGAAUUGAUUGCAUACCUCAUUCCAUGUGAUAUAUCAAAAUAAAUAUAAGAAAUUGUUUAAUAGUUUUAA